UGAUCAGAUUGCGUGUUAGUAAACGAUCUCUUGAUAUAUUACCCAAAUAUUAACCAAACUGAACAGGUCCAAAAGGGAAUCAACCAACAUCGAAAUGAGUUUAUUUCAGAUAAUCCUACUGUCAUGUGUAUCGACACUUAUUGUGACAGGACAUAAAUCCUGUUCUAGAAAUGCUAAUAUCAUGAAGAGUAUACAAUACCAGCUUAAACUCGUUGAGGAAAAUGAUGGAAAAUGUGAUUGUACAGGAAUAAGUUCAGGACCGGAUAAAGUUGCGUUUAUGGCUAAAAAUUCUGAUAGUUUGAAAAACCUCCCUUCAAAAGCUGUUGUUGUAUUCAAUACAGUUAUAACGAAUUUAGGAAACGGAUACGAUUCGUCCAAUGGGAUUUUUACGGCUCCUUCAAAUGGUGUGUACGUCUUUUCCUGGACCAUUCUAUGUCUUCACGGCAAAGAAUUUUACAAUCAACUUAUUCUGAACGAAAACAUCAUUGCUAAAAAUUUUGCAUCGUCAGUGAAUGUAGCAGACAACGCCUCGGGAAGUCAAAACGUUAUUCUUGAAAUUAAAAAAAACGAUAGAGUAUUUAUACGGAUUCAGGAAAGAAGAACCGGGCAGUACAUGUAUGGUGACGGUUGGUCUACUUUUAGUGGUUACAAACUAUAUAACCUGUAAAAUGUUAGUUGCGUGGUAUUAAUUAAA